AUGCAAUCGAUCAAGUUGGUAGUCGUAGGUGAUGGUGCUGUUGGAAAGACAUGUCUGUUGAUCUCAUACACCUCAAACUCCUUCCCAACUGAAUAUGUACCCACCGUCUUUGAUAACUACUCAGCCAAUGUUAUGGUUGAUAACAAGACAGUUAGUUUGGGUCUUUGGGAUACAGCUGGUCAAGAGGAUUAUGACCGUCUCCGUCCACUCAGUUACCCUCAGACCGAUGUAUUUCUUAUCUGUUUCGCUAUAAUAAGCCAGACAUCGUUCACCAAUGUCAAGUCCAAGUGGUGGCCAGAGGUCACUCAUCACUGUCCCAACAGCACGAUCAUCCUCGUUGGCACCAAGUGCGAUCUCAGAGACGACAGGGAGGCAUUGGAGAAGCUCAAGGAGAAGAACCAAACACCACUCUCGCCACAACAGGGUGAGCAGAUGGCCAAGGACAUCAAGGCGUUUUGUUAUUUGGAGUGUUCCGCUUUGACUCAGAAGGGUCUUAAGCAGGUAUUCGAUGAGGCAAUCAAGGCCGUUAUAUUCCCAGACAGAGACAAGUCCAGCAAGUCGGGCAAGUCAAAGUGCUCGAUUCUAUAG